AGGGACAAAUCAAGAGAUCCAGGAUCAAGGGAGGCAAGCAACCGCUUCUUUCCAAAUGAUGUUGGGGUUAAGGAGCCUGGUUUUUACAGCUGCAUUCACCGUAUUAAUUAGCGAAACAGUGCAGUCCUGCUCGGUUCCUAACAUUCGUGAUAAGAGUGGAAGGCAAAUAAAAGUCACCGAGGUGACCAACGGGAGGGAUGUGAAACUCACUUGCCAGAUCAGAACUGUUGGUCAGGCCUCAAAACCAAGGUAUUACUGGCUCAAAGACAAUCAGACGCUCAGUCCAUCGAAUCAUCAACGUAUGAGGUUAAAACUCUACAGAUACUUAAAGAUAAAAAAUGCCCAGAAAGAGGACGCCGGCUUCUACACCUGUGUCGCGGUAAAUGACUGUGGCCAGAAUUCUUUUACAAUACAACUAUUUGUCGGAAGUCCAACAAUGGAUCCCAACAAAAAUACAACAGGAGUUGCUCCAAAAUUUACGGUGCAUCACAACAAGAUGAUGCGCAACCUUCUUGCAGUACCCGUUGGUAACUCUGUAAAGCUGGACUGUUCUGCCGAUGGAAACCCUCCUCCCACCGUGAAAUGGUACAAAGACGGAAAAUUGUUUACGGAAAGGAAAGGUGGCAACAAAUUGUAUCUGAGUCAAAGGACAAAUAUAUUGAAUCUGAAGGACUUGGUUCCCUCUGACACUGGGUCAUACACUUGUAAUGUGAGCAACUCAUACGGGUGGAUUAAUCAUACAUACAAAGUAGACGUUCAUGAACGAGCUCGUGCUGAACCAGUAGUCCUUCCCAUGGAAAAUGUCACGGUCUAUCGAGGAGAAAAUGCCAGCUUAACAUGCAAAGCAUUAAGUGAUUCCAUGCCUCAUUUCCAGUGGCUGAGGUGGUUUCACACGCAUUCCAAUAGUUCGACUAACGGUUCAAUUGAAAGUCCACACUACGAAAUCGUGAAUAAGGACGACGCAGACCAACAUGUAAUCGUACCACCAACUAGUGGCAAAAAGUUUGAUUUCCACGGAGUGAAGUUGACUUUGGUAAAUGUUACGAAGAAGGACGUGGGCAAGUACACUUGCAUUGUGGGUAAUGCUGUCGGCUACGCAGUCGAACAUGCUUACAUUUCCGUUCGCGAUCGGCCAGAACAAACAACUUCGUCACAGCCUAACACGAUCAGCGCCGUAAACAUCACCUCUUUUCCCCCCAACCGGAAUGUGGAGGCACAAAUAGUGAAAGCUGAUUUGCCACAAUCAAAAAAGAAUAUGUACAUUGUAGUGUUUACCAUCUCAUUCAUGGUUUUGGUGUGUUUUGCAUUGGGGUUCUUCGUCUGCCAUCGCAAGCUUAAGUUCUAUAAAAGCGCUGAUUAUGGUAUGGUUUCCCCUGAUAAACCUAACGAACUUGCUGUCCAGUUUAGGACACAUGCGACAUCGGUCGGUUCCUCUUCGUCUUACGGGUCUACGGUUCCAUUAUUACGUCAGAACAGUUUGCGCCUUCGAAUGGGUUCUAAUUUGACACAAGUGUCAGAAGUGGAAAUGCCAUUGGACCAAAAAUGGGAAAUUGAUAGGGAGCAGAUCGUGUUGUUGGGGCUUCUUGGAGAAGGAGCUUUUGGUAAAGUCAUGAAGGCUGAAGCGCUUGGAUUACCCAAUAUGCCCUACAGAUUCGAGGUUGCUGUGAAAAUGUUGAAAGAGGAUGCCACUGAACACGAACUUGCAGAUCUUAUAUCAGAGAUGGAGGUGAUGAAAACUAUUGGAAAACACAAGAAUAUUAUCAAUUUAAUCGGAGCCUGCACACAGGGAGGUCCGCUGUUUGUUGUAGUGGAGUACGCGCCUAAUGGUAACCUAAGACAAUUCUUAAAAGAUAGGAGACCGACCAGGGAAUACACGACCACCCUAACCCUCAAAGACUUAGUCUCUUUUGCCUAUCAAAUUGUGAGAGGAAUGGAAUAUCUUUCUUCAAAGAAGUGCAUUCAUCGUGAUCUCGCGGCAAGGAAUAUUUUGGUUGGAGAGGAUAACACAAUGAAGAUCGCAGAUUUUGGACUUGCAAGAGAUGUUCAUCAAAUCGAUUACUACAGGAAAACAACAGAUGGUCGCCUUCCAGUGAAGUGGAUGGCAAUCGAAGCUCUCUUUGAUCGGGUCUACACAACGCAGAGUGAUGUGUGGGCGUUUGGCAUACUCUUGUGGGAAAUAGUUACUUUCGGUGGCUCACCGUAUCCUGGUGUACCUUUGGAAAACCUUUUUGAGCUUCUGAAGUCUGGACACAGAAUGGAGAAACCUUUGAAUUGUCCUGACAACAUAUAUGAAAUUAUGUUUAAAUGUUGGAAAGAUUUGCCGCUGCACAGACCAACCUUUCAAGAAUUAGUCCAAGAGUUUGACGCUAUGUUGGUGUCCCUGUCGGACAAGGAAUAUCUUGACUUAGAUGCAGUUUUAAUGAGUCCUUUGGAACCUCAAACUCCCACGUCAUCAGAACCAAAUUCAACUCCACGAAAUUCGUUAGGAACUGAUCAUUACACGGAUAAUGAUGACAGGGACACUGACAAUGUAUUCGUUGAUAAUCCCAGUGAUGUAUGGGAAUCCAGACAAAAUACACUUACGGCUCUAAGAAGAGAUUCAGAAAGCAUGGACACUAGAAAAAUGAAUAGCGUCGAACAGCUGGACAAAAAAUUUGCGGUACAGGAACGAGCCGGAGAUGCCGACGAGGACAAAAAACAAACACGCGUCGUUGCGUCUCGCUUACCAAUACAAAGUGAUGUGUAAUCAAGAGCAUUUAUACGUAACACGCGUUACAUCAGUCUAUGGUGGAGCCAAAGAUCACGCAUGAGUUUAAGUCACGCACAUAAUACGGUUAUUUAGCCACCUGAUCCUGAUCGAUGGCUCAUGGGUGUUAUGGAAGGGAGUCAGGAUUUUUACUACGAAUGACUAAUGACUCAAAGAAUAGCCACAGAGAUGUAUUCAAAUUGCAGUAUACACUACAUGAAAAUAUCAUGAGAAUUCAGAAAACUACGCUAAUGAAUGAGGUUCCUAAACAACACAAACGCAAAUUAUAAAACGGGUUUUCUUUUAACUCGGGAAAGCCGACUCAAUAGAGGUUUUUUAUGCUAUGUUGGUUAACUUUACAGACAUGAAGCCUGCACUAGGCAAAGUAGUGUAAAGCUGGAUACAUGACACGCAGGUUUCUUUUGCACCAUCUAAGCAAACAUUAAACUUUGGUGUUGAUUUUAUGUCUCACAUUUGAACACAACUCAAAAUUAAAGGAAGCCAGAGAUAGAUAACUCAUAGCGAAUUAUUAAAUAGAAAGUUUUAUUAUUAAAAGGAAGAUUUUGUGUUUUCAA